CAGCGAGAGAGAUAAGGUCUUCCUCAGUCGCCUUUAGGAGCAUUGUGUGUAUCUGGCAGAUCUGGAUGCAUGCCAGCACCCGCCCAGUAAAAUCAGCAUCGCAGCACACGGAGUUGACAACUGCGCCUCCCCCUCCAAACGCUGUUUGACAUACCCAUCGUUAUAGGCUUCGCCUCUGGCACUUUCUUUUUUUAAAAGGAAAACUCAAAGCCACAGAUUAUACAUUCUGUUCACUAUCCGUGCGGGUAAAAUAAUAUACAGUGAGUGACAGGAGGAACCAGCGCGCUCUGUGUUUUCUCAAUUGGAGAAGAACGGCUUUGCGCGUAAACGGUACGGGCUAUCUGGAUAAUUUCAUUCUUUUUCUGAGUUAUUAGUGACUCAGAAGGGGUAAAAACAGCUCAAAGAGGAAGCAGAGUUACUGCCUUUGUGGAUUGCUAGCAUCGGAUGACAUUUGGACUUGAGGGUGCAAAGCACCUGUAGAUGCAACAAACAUCCCCCUGAUGGUUGGACUCCAACCUCCGACAAAGAAAGGAUUCGUCGCAAGAUUGAGCUGAUAAUCGUUUAAUUCAAAGAGUUGUGCAGUUUAGAGGAGAAGCCUGCCAUGCUGCUGAGAGUUUCCUUCUUGGUGGUUCCGCUGCUGAGCAUUACCGGCUGCGGCUCCUCAUACGUGCCGUGCGAGCCGUGCGACCAGAAGGAUCUGUCCAUGUGUCCGCCAGUGCCACUUGGCUGUCAGCUGGUGAAGGAGCCCGGCUGCGGCUGCUGCCUAACCUGCGCGCUCGAAGAGGGCCAGCCGUGCGGCGUGUACACCGGUCCGUGCACGCGAGGGCUCCGUUGCCUGCCCAAGAACGGCGAGGAAAAGCCACUGCACGCGCUCCUGCACGGCCGAGGGGUGUGCAAAAACGAGAAGUUGUACAAACUGCUGCAUCUAUCAAAAGUAAAAGGACAAUCUCGAGAUGACACCCUGCUACAUGCUGCAGAGCCUGCACAAACCAAGGUGCCCUUGAAUGGAGAACACAUCAGCAGUUGGAAGGCCUAUGCCAUGAAGCAGGCCAAGGAUCGCAAAAAGCAGCUGGCCAGAACGGGACCCACCAGCAACCUGGAUUUCUCACCGAUCAGCCUCGAUAAACUGGAGCCUGAAUUUGGGCCCUGCAGGAGAAGACUAGAUAAUCUUAUUCAGAGCAUAAAAGACACUUCUCGGGUCUUGGCUGUCUCCCUGUACAUCCCCAACUGUGACAAGAAGGGGUUCUUCAAGCGCAAACAGUGUAAGCCAUCUCGUGGUCGGAAAAGGGGGAUCUGCUGGUGUGUCGACCGGUUUGGCAUCAAAAUCCCCGGCAUCAACUACGCCGGAGGAGACCUGCAGUGCAAAGACCUCGACCGCAGCAGCAACAGCAAUGAAUAACAGUGAAUUGCACUGAGCUUCUUAAAAAUCUGCCAAUGAAGCUAGCACGCUUUAUGACUGUCAAUCAGGAAAUAUUGAAACAAACACUUUUAUACAGGGUGACACAAAAAACGAGAAAUUUUUAACAAUCCAAUAAAACCAAGAGUGAUGGAAGAAAAAUAUUUUAUCCAUAGUAAUUGAAACCUUAAAACAUGCCAUUUAAGAAACAAUGAUGGAAUUUUCAUUUUUAAAAAAUUACUUCCUGUAGAUGGCGUCCUCCUGUACGAAUGCAUUCUUGAAAUCUACCUGGGGCUAUCUCAAGAGUAAAGUGUACACGACUUGUUCAAGAACUCUGGAUGGGUUAGAACAGAGAAUUCAGGAUGAAAUUCACAGUGUCCCAGCUGAGAUGUUGCAGCGGUCAAUGAGGAAUCUCAGCAGCAGAUUUCAAGAAUGCAUUUGUACAGGAGGACACCAUCUACAGGAAGUAAUUUUUAAAAAAAUGAAAAUUCCAUCAUUGUUUCUUAAAUGGCAUGUUUUAA